UGUAGAUCAUGUUAUUUUUACAUUCUAUUAUUGAAUGAAAUAAUAUAAGGUAAACUGCUUGUGAAUCUAGAUUUAAUUAGAAAAUCUCUCUAAUGGCGUGUCGGGAGUUUUUCAUGAACAAAAAUGAUGAUCAUGUCGAGUUUACGAUGAGCGCUAAAAGUAAAUCAUCGUCGAUUUCGGACACGACACUAGCUGAGGUGUUCCGAUGCUUCAUUUGCAUGGAAAAGCUUCGUGAUGCUCACCUGUGUCCUCAUUGCUCUAAGCUAUGUUGCUAUGUGUGUAUCAGACGUUGGCUAACAGAACAAAGAUCUCAAUGUCCUCACUGCCGAGCAUCUCUUCAUUUGCAUGAGCUUGUUAAUUGCCGCUGGGUAGAAGAGGUCACUCAACAAAUCGAGACUAUUCAGGCUGUUAAUUCAAAUUCCACUAGAGAUGAUAGUGACAGAGAUAGAUGUCCUACGCAUCAUGAAAAGCUGAGUGUUUAUUGUUGGACAUGCUCUUGUUGUAUUUGCCACCAAUGUGCUCUGUGGGGCGGUACCCACUCUGGCCAUACUUUUAAACCAUUGGAGGAAGUCUAUGAACAACAUAUCACACAGCUGAAAGAUGAAGUUGCGCAAUUACGUCGACGUCUGAUGGAACUGAUUAGUUUUGUUCAAGAUGUUGUUAGUAUUGGAAUAGAGAAAAAUGUUGAGUCUGUGAGGGCUGCCAAAGAUGAGAGAGUACGUGAAAUUCGAAAUGCCAUAGAAAUGAUGAUAGCUCGUUUAGAUAAUCAAUUAAAAACCAAAUUACUGACAUUGAUGGGCCAAAAAAAUGUUCUCACACAAGAAACGGAACAGUUAGAGCAUCUUUUGCAAGAAAUUGAACAUCAGCUGCAUUUAUGUUCUAGAUCGGAACUUAUAACUAGAAGCAGUGAAUUAUCAAGAAUGAUACAUCAAGUUCGAAAGAAGCCUAUGACAAGUUUUGUUAAUUCCCCCGUUCCUGCUGAUUUCUAUAGUGAAAUUGUGCCUGGCUAUGAUAGUUCUACAUUCAUGAUGCAUCAAUUUACGCAUUUGCAACAUAAGGCUGAUCCUGUUUACUCACCACCCCUUCAUGUAAAUGGACUCUGCUGGCGUCUUAAAGUUUAUCCUGAUGGGAAUGGUGUAGUUCGAGGAAAUUAUUUAUCAGUAUUUCUAGAACUAAGCGCAGGGAUGCCUGAGUGCUCAAAAUAUGAAUAUAAAGUGGAAAUGAUACAUCAGAGUUCUAGAGAUUCCAGUAAGAACAUAUUACGUGAGUUUGCAUCUGAUUUUGAAAUCGGUGAAUGCUGGGGAUAUAAUCGUUUCUUUAGACUCGAUCUUCUAGCUAGUGAAGGUUAUUUGAAUACUGAGAAUGAUUCUUUGUUACUGAGAUUUCAAGUGAGACCACCUACGUUCUAUCAACGUUGCAAAGAACAACAGUGGUACACUAAUCAAUUACUAGCUGUGCAGAACCAAUACAUACAGGAGAUAAAUGAAUUGAAAGAGCGAUUAAAUGUGGAAACGGCACGUAAUUCUGUAUCAGCAACCAAAGUAGACACUCAAAAUGUAGGUGCAUGUGGCAGUUCAGUAGAGUUAGGAGCGUGCUGUGCAGCUGGACCAUCAACAGAAUCCCCUAGUGAUAAAAAUAAGUUAAUUACUUCUAAUAUCACAUCAUCUGCAUCUGUUGGCUCUGUGACUCACAGCUGUCCAUCUAACAAAUCAUUUGUCACUUGCAGUUCACAAUCCGUAUCCGCUCAAUCAUCUAAGCAUACUAGUAGUGAUACAUCUCAAAAUCUUGACAAAUGCUUUGAGAAUAUCAGAUUGUCCUUACCUACAUCAAUGAGAACUCCAAAGAAGCAACAAAAGCACGUUGCUGGCUGUUGCAGCAAAUCAAUGGAUAAAGCUGAAUCUACUUCUAAUUCAAUUGGUCCCAGAGGUUGCGAUAAGACUGAAGUUCGCCUAUUUCGAUCUCUAGCAUCAUCAUUGUCAACUCCAAAUUUAAGAUCUUCUAAAAUCACAUUAUCUAGUAGCAGCUGUGAAAGUGUUGAAUUACCAGAUCCUGAGUUUUUAGAUGAAAUAUCGCAAGUUAAUUUGAAUGAUGCUGCUGUUAUUAUUGAGGACUCUAUUGAUGAAAAUGAUGUUGAUAAUGAAACAAUGUCAGGUGAAAAUGAUGUUGAAUAUGCUGAAUUUUCAAUGGCUCAAAGAUAUUUAUUGGCCAAUAGAAAUAAUAAUGAUGACAUAGCAGAGGAAUCAAAUGUAUCAAGGAGCAGCAUUUUAGAAGGUAUGGAAGAUGAAGUAAUGAUAUUUCAACUUUUCGAAAUUCAGGACACAGUUUCUGGAAAUAACUCAACAACUUCUCUACUUGCCAUGCAGAAUAAUGAAGAUACACCCGCAUUGUCAAAUGCCAGACGUCCGCUGAUUUUCCCAAGUAUAUUAGACAGCCUCAACGACAUCAGUCCAGUUCAGAGCUUAGACGCAGGUUUCGGAUGUAAUGGAGGGGUAUCUGUCUCAGCGCCUGCAUCCACAUCAGUGUCUACUACAUCGUCAACAACUUCCUUUAUCAACUCGUCAGUGUCGGCUGCAGCAUUCAUUCCUCCUUCUGUCUUUAGAAUGACUACUGUUGAUUCAUCAUCUUCCACUAGUGCUCUGCCAACAUCUUCUUAUGAAAGAAGCUCUGCCGUUUCACCUGACAAUCCUUUUGCUAGACUUGGUGCAUCAGCCUCGUCUAGUAACGAAUCUUCUAAUAUAUAUUGGGGUCCUGGAUAUUCACUUGAACCAUUUUCUUGGAAUAAAAUGUCUUCUCAAAGCUUAGAUAAUUCACUCCGUCUAAAUCGUAAUUCUGCUUCUGCAUCACAGCCAAGAACUUCGGUCACAAAUUCAUCAACUGCAUAUUUCGACAGCAUUAUUGAUUCUUUUCAACUAUCUCCGGUAACAUCAUCAAACCAAAUUGCAGGAAUGAAUAAUGGCGGGGAUAACAUAUCCGAAAGCCCUGAGCAACUCAUCUCAACUAAUGAACAACAUGCACCUGAUGUUCAGGCUUCCACAAGCAGGGACAUAACUUUUAGCUGGUUGCCAUCUUUACGUGCUGGUUCAUCUAGAAAAUCGACUGUCAACAGCCGUGCUGCUAGACCCAAUUCUCCACCUAAUAAAGAUGUUAAGGAAAAAGGUUCUGAUAGGGCUUCUGGUGAUCAAGACUAAUAUAUCGCUAAAUUAGUAUUCUAUAUAACUAUAUAGAUAUAUAUAUAAUUUCCUGGUCAUUUACUAGUUCAGGCAGUAUUGUAUAUAUAAAUUCACCACCAUGCCUAAUACAUAUCUGUGAAUUUUAGCCAGACUGUGAUGUAAUAUCUUUCAUUAUAAUUUCAUAUUUAAUUUUUUAUUUCAUUUCAUAAAUAUUGUAUGUGAUAUAAUGAAUUAAUAAUACUCAUGCAUACAUGUACUUUGUACCACAA